AUGCUUGCUCGGUGUUGGGUCCAUCAAAUGGACAGACGAAAAUAUCGAAGCGAGGAUGUGGAGGAUCGGCGGGCAACAAGUUUCGCAUGUCGCUGGGUCUGUCGGUGGCGACGACGGUUAACUGUGCCGAUAACCCGAGCGAAGAACCUCUACAUCAUAUCAAUGAAGGGAAUCAAGGGCCGAUUGAACCGGUUACCUUCGGCUUGUGUUGGUGAUAUGGUGAUGGCCACAGUGAAGAAAGGCAAGCCUGAUCUCCGUAAGAAGCGCCGAAAGGAUGGUGUCUUCGUGAACUUUGAAGAUAAUGCUGGUGUCAUUGUGAAUCCAAAGGGAGAAAUGAAAGGGUCUGCUAUUACUGGUCCAAUUGGGAAGGAGUGCGCUGAUCUGUGGCCAAGGAUUGCUAGUGCAGCCAAUGCCAUUGUUUAG